CUGUAGUGUAGACUGUAGCUAGCCUAUAAAAGGGAACGGGGAUUGGUUUCAACAAACAAAAGACGCCGAAUAUCAGGCUACAUGACAGACAACGAAAGAGUUGUAGUAAUAUGAGACAAGAGUAAGAAACAACAUUGGAUCACACGGGAAGAAAACGUGGUGACGAUUGAUCUAAUAUCUUCCCUCAAUGCUUUAUUUUAUAUAAUUUAAAAAUAGAAACGCAGUGUACUCUGAACUGUAGCCAACCGUGGGUACGUCUUGACGUCAUUACAUUCCGUGCACGCGAGUAUCGACUUUUCAAUGCGGAAGUUUCCUACUCGAUUUGACUCGGGAGCGAUCUUAGAAACGAAAACAAGCGUCAGAAAAACAGCGAUUGUCGACUUAACACUCUACGUGUAGGGUUACAUUAUAAAGCAGUGUGUUUUAAAAGGGUUUCCUCACGACGGAGCUACGUCGGUUUCUAUUAUUGGACAAGUGAUCAGCCAUUAUGGCUACCAACAAUAAUUUACAGAAAGCCAUUGAUCUUGCCAGCAAGGCUGCUCAGGAGGAUAAAGCUCAGAAAUACGAGGAGGCUCUGCGACUUUACCAGGCUGCUGUUCAGUACUUCCUCCAUGUGGUGAAAUAUGAAGCCCAGAGUGACAAAGCUAAACAGAGCAUCCGGGCAAAAUGUGCCGAAUAUUUGGACAGAGCAGAAAAGUUGAAGGAGUAUCUAAAGAAGAAAGAAAAUGCUCCCCCUGCAAAGCCUGUCAAAGAGUCCCAGUCUGACGACAAAGGGAAUGAAAGCGAUGAAGGGGACGAUCCAGAGAAAAAGAAGUUCCAAAAUCAGCUCUCAGGUGCAAUUGUUAUGGAGAAACCAAACAUCAAAUGGAAUGAUGUUGCUGGACUAGAGGGAGCCAAGGAGGCACUGAAAGAAGCUGUUAUUCUUCCGAUCAAAUUCCCCCACCUUUUCACAGGAAAGAGAACACCAUGGAGGGGGAUCCUUCUCUUUGGACCUCCAGGUACAGGAAAGUCCUAUCUGGCUAAAGCUGUUGCCACGGAGGCCAACAACUCAACCUUCUUCUCCAUCUCCUCGUCUGAUCUUGUCUCCAAAUGGCUGGGAGAGAGUGAAAAGUUGGUGAAGAAUCUGUUCACCCUUGCAAGGGAACACAAGCCUUCUAUUAUCUUCAUUGAUGAGAUUGACUCCCUGUGUGGCUCAAGAAGUGAAAACGAGAGUGAGGCUGCUCGCCGUAUUAAGACAGAGUUCCUGGUUCAGAUGCAGGGUGUGGGGACUGACAACGACGGAGUGCUGGUACUUGGAGCAACAAACAUCCCGUGGACCCUCGACUCAGCCAUCAGAAGAAGAUUUGAGAAGAGGAUCUACAUCCCGCUGCCUGAGGAGCACGCCCGCUCCUUCAUGUUCAAGCUCCAUCUGGGCUCGACCCCCAACUGUCUCAACGAAACCGACUUUGUCACUCUGGGCAAGAAGACGAAUGGAUACUCAGGAGCUGAUAUCAGUGUCAUUGUCAGAGAUGCUCUCAUGCAGCCUGUUCGAAAGGUCCAGUCAGCAACCCACUUCAAACGGGCACGAGGUCCGUCAAGAGAUGACCCCAACAUGUUAGUAGAUGACCUCUUGACUCCUUGCUCACCUGGCGAUCCCAGCGCGAUUGAAAUGACAUGGAUGGAGGUACCUGGGGAGAAGCUAUUGGAACCUAUAGUAUGCAUGUCUGACAUGUUGAGGUCUCUGGCCAGCACAAAGCCAACAGUCAAUGAUCAAGAUCUGGGCAAACUGAAAAAAUUCACAGAGGACUUUGGACAGGAAGGCUAGGAGGGAUAAUUAAGCCAAGCCAUACCAAAGCAAAGGAGUUGUCAUUGUCUCUUCUUUUUGUACCUGUCCCUUUUUUCCCUCUCUAUGUGUCUCAUCAUAACCAUUCACCAGGCUUCGUGGUUUAUCGUAAAUGGACAAGAUCACUGCGCUGUUCUGCCAAUUUGAUAACCACUAAAAGAGUGGAAGGACUGAGUUUUAUUUCAUAUCAACCAAAAGACUUCCCAUAGGCAGAAAAUCGAUACAACAAAGCUACUUGGGAAGCUAAAAGCAGACAUACACACACAUGAUUGCAAACAAGGUUUUGGAAAUGAAGAUAAUUUAUUUUAAGUUUGGGACUAGCUCUUGCAUCCUUUUUCUAGUCGGACUACAUCUCACUAAUAAAUAACCCUUAUGUAUUCUCUAUUUUAUAUUAAGGAAAAAAAACAAGCAUUUUAUAGUGUAUACUGUAUUUUGUGGAAUGUUUAAAUCUUGGGCUGGGGGAGUGAAGCGGGCAUGAGUUCAUAGGAUAUGUUGUGGUAAAAUAUGUCAUUGUUGUCUCAAGGUGGUGAACGUUUAAGAGUUUGACACAGAUACUCAGGAUGAGAGCUAUAGUAGACCCUUUUGAAAUUCAAGUGCAUCAAGUUUCCUACAAAAAAAGAGGGACAUUGAUGUUUGUUUACUUAUUUUUCAUUACAAUUAAACACGCUACAAGGGUGGAUCACCAAUGGUGCCAGACCAGCAUUAUUUUACAAUAUUCAAGGACUCAAAUGCUUUUAAUUGCUUUGCACUCAGCUCAUGAGUUAGGUUUCUCACAACAUACUGUACAUAUGUUUCAUUAUUAUCAAUAGGCAAUUAGGCAUUGCUGGUUAUCCAAUAUAAACUGCAAAAUACUAAGCCUUAUGUUAAGAAAAAGUCAUUAUAAAUGUUGGUCAAACAAAACUUAGUUGGACACUGAAGGCUCAGGUGGAGAGAUCUUCUUCUUGUAUACCUAACAAUAUGGGAAUAUAUCUCCAAGCAUGAACUUUAUGUAGCCAUGAGUGGCAGUGUGCACCAUGUGCCUUCUAGAGAAACUGCAAGAUUGAUUUUUUAUUGGUUUAUUUCUUAAUUGGUCAUACUUCUUAAAUAUCCAGUGCUUUGUCAAUACAACUAAGAAAUGUAUGACACUUUCACAUUUCAUGUAAGCUCUUUUAGAGAUUGUAUACAAAUGUGUUAUUUUGCUCCUACGGUGUGCAAACUAUCUCCUUUAAGUUUUGAUGGGGAAUAUCUCUUACGUUACUGUAAAUGUCUAUACAUAUAGCCAACACUUGACCCUUUUCUUUGUGAAGAGGUGACAAUGCAUAAGAGUUUCUGUUUUUGUUUCAAUAAUGUAAAUAAAAAGUUAUAGCUACAUAAAAAAAA